AUGGACGACUUCACCGCAGAGAUGUUGGCCUCCGGGCGACCCUUUGAACAUCCCGAGGAUCCUCGUAGGCGUCGUGGCCAUGAUGACGAUGACAGCAAGACGCCGGUUCCUGAUACCGACUCAAACCCGCCUCCGAAUCUACCUCCACGGCCAGAGUCGCCUCCUCAAAAAACAGGCCUUCGUGGAGGCUUGGCGGCUAUUCGUCAAAAGGCGAACAUACAGGAUCGUUUGGUAGAAAAACUUCUACAACAAGUUAUUCCUACCGAUGGCGAUGACCAGAACGACGUCCACUUUGUGGGCGAUGAGCAAACAGCCGCUCAAACCGAAAGACCAAACUUCAAUAUUACUACCAUGUCGUACAACUUCCGCCGCUUCAAUGCCCGAAUAGGUGUUGUCUUCAAAUUCCAGGCUCAAGUCGAGCGUAUCUUGUCCUGGAAACAGGCGUCGCAUACUCUCUCGCUUCUAGCUGUUUAUAGCUUCGUCUGUCUAGAUCCGUAUCUUCUCUUCGUGCUACCCAUCGCCAUUCUUCUGCUAGGCGUGUUCAUCCCCGCCUUCAUGGCACGGCAUCCAGCACCGCCAAAAGGUACACUAUCAAGUGAGCAAAAUGUUGGAUAUUCUCCCCAAGGACCACCUUUGGCACCUGCGCCGACGGUAAAGCCAGUCAAAGAGCUUAGUAAGGAUUUCUUUAGGAAUAUGCGCGACCUACAGAAUUGCAUGGAUGACUUUAGUCGGGGACAUGAUCAAGUCGUUGCUUUACUCGUACCGGUGACAAAUUUCAGUGAUGAGGCGCUAAGCUCUGCGCUUUUCUUAUUUCUCACAGUCGGCGGCAUUUUCAUGACAGUGGCAGCGCAACUUCUCCCUUGGCGGAUUAUCUUUCUUGUUGGCGGUUGGGGUGUCGUCGGUAUGGGCCAUCCAUACGUUGCGCGCCUUCUCGCUGUCGCCCACCGCGAGCGCCUACAACCGCAGGAGGCCAAGGCAAGAUCAUGGCUGGAUAACUGGAUCAAUUCAGACGUCAUUCUCGACACAAGUCCUGAGACGCGCGAGGUCGAAAUUUUUGAACUACAGCGCAAAACCUCUGGGGGUGGUGAAUGGGAGCCCUGGUUGUUCUGCCCCUCCCCCUAUGAUCCUCUUUCACAGCCUCGAAUUGCUGGUGAACGACCUCGCGGUGCGCGCUUCUUCGAGGACGUUAUGCCACCCGAAGCCUGGGAAUGGAGUGAGAAGAAAUGGGCACUGGAUCUCUGGAGCCGUGAGUGGGUUGAGGAGCGCAUCAUCACAGGCGUCGAAGUUGAGACAGAAGGCGAGCGCUGGGUAUAUGACAUCUGGGACGAGCGAGAUGAGCGUACGGGUGUUGUAGACCUUCCUAUCAACGACAAGGGGAAACAGAAAGCGACGCCUAGGCCAAGCUGGGAGGAGAAUGAAGAUGGCAAUGGCAGGAGAGGGGACUGGAGACGAAGACGAUGGGUCAGGCUGGUGAAACGUAAAGCAGCUCCUGUGCAGCCCAAUUAA